ACAAUUCAUUGGUUGACCAAAUUUGUUUAACAAAAUUUUUUUCUUUAUAAAAUCACAAUCACCUGUGAAAUUUGAAACUUAACACCUCCAAUCCGAUAUUAUUCAUCAUAUAACCCGAAACCUUACCGGUGAGGCUAUUCGAGUGUUUCUCCAGCAGCAUGUGCUCUUCUCUACUGGCCUACUGUUUAAUCCUAGCAGUGUUCCUGAGUCAGGGUUUUAUUCAGGUAAGCUGCUUUGGAUUUAAUUUUUCAACUUUCCAGAAAGAAGAUGAAAGGCAGCUUAUCUUGAGCAAAAAUUCUUACAUAGUCCAAAAUGCCAUCCAAGUUACCCCGGAUAUUACUGGAGGUUCCAUGGAAAAUUUAUCAGGACGAGCCUUGUAUAGGAAAUCAUUUAGGCUGUACAAAGGCAAUCGCACCAUUGCUUCCUUCAAUACAACUUUCGUCCUCAAUAUCCAAAGUCGUACGUCUCCUGGCGGUGAAGGCAUGGCCUUUAUAAUAACCGGGAAUUAUAGUCUUCCAGAGAACAGCGAUGAGAAAUGGCUCGGGAUUGUAAAUGCAAAUUCGAAUGGUUCUCCUCAAGCCAUGGUGGUGGCUGUGGAAUUUGAUACAAGGAAGAGCUACGAUGAAGACUUGGAUGGCAACCAUAUUGGCUUAAACAUAAAUAGCAUCGACUCAAUCACGCAAGUUUCCUUAGGCGGCUACGGUAUUAAUAUUUCUGGAGGUGAGGAUUUAAGGGUACAUCUUCAAUAUGAUGGCAAAAACUUGACAGUUUUUGUGGGGGACAACAAGACUCUUGUGCUUUCUCAGCCUCUUGAUCUCUCUGCCUAUCUUCCGGAGAAGGUUUUUGUUGGAUUCUCUGCUUCAACAAGCAAUCAAACAGAGCUAAACUGUGUCAAAUCGUGGGCGUUUUUUGGGACCGAUAUCGGAGACCGAAAUUUAUUGUGGGUUUGGAUCUUGAUUCCGGCAGUGGUUCUGGCUCUGAUAACCGGAGUUCUUUUCUGCUUGUGUUGGAGAAGGGACCCCAUUGAGCAGGAUUUGGAGGGUGCACCAGGAAAUAUAGAAGAUGAGAUUACACGUUCCAAUUUGGCUCCAAGAAAGUUUCGAUUGAAAGAAUUAAAACAAGCAACUGGCAACUUUAGCCCGAAGUACAAACUUGGGAAAGGUGGAUUUGGAACUGUCUACAAGGGAUCCUGGAGAAACAAGGACGUGGCUGUCAAAAGGGUAUCAAAGAAGUCUCAUCAAGGCAAGCAAGAAUUCAUAGCAGAGUUAACAACAAUUGGCAACCUCAAUCACAAAAAUCUUGUGAAAUUAAUUGGAUGGUGUUAUGAAAGGCGCGAGCUCCUUCUUGUGUACGAGUACAUGCCAAAUGGAAGCUUGGAUAAGUUCAUCUUUUGCGAUGACAAGGCAAGCAUGGAGGAAUUAACACUGAGCUGGGAGCAAAGGCUAACUAUAAUACAAGGAGUAGCUCAAGCGCUAGAGUAUCUUCACAAUGGUUGUCAGAAGAGAGUGCUUCACCGCGACAUAAAAGCCAGCAACAUAAUGUUGGAUACAGAGUUCAUCGCCAGGCUAGGAGAUUUUGGAUUGGCUAGAACUAUUCAAGAAAAAGAGAAGACACACCACUCCACCGUAGAGAUCGCCGGCACACCUGGUUACAUGGCUCCAGAAACCUUUCUUAUUAGCAGGGCCACAGUUGAAACGGAUGUUUAUUCCUUUGGCGUCCUUGUCCUGGAAGUUGUUUGUGGGAGAAAGCCUGGUAACCAAAGUGAGCAGAACAAUUAUAACAAUAGUAUUGUCAAUUGGCUGUGGGAAUACUAUAGGAAAGGAAGGAUUACUGAUGCUGCGGAUUCCAGGAUGGAUGGGAACUUCAUUGAAAAAGAAGUGGAGUGUGUGCUCAUUCUAGGAUUGGCCUGUUGCCAUCCAAACCCACACUGCAGGCCCUCUAUGAGAACUGUUUUGCAGGUUCUUUCUGGGGAAGCAGAUCCACCAGAGUUACCCCUAGAGAGGCCUUCAUUUGUGUGGCCAGCCAUGCCCCCAUCUUUCGGUCAAAUGGAUUACUCUCAUAAAGGAAGCCAACUCACUCCGUUUACGGAGCUUACCGGCAGGUAAAAUCAUAUGUCAACCGCAAACUGCCUCGGAAGUGAAACAAUGUUGUUUGUUUCAUCAUCGGUUCAUUGUGCCUUUUUUUCUCUUUAAUCGACUUGUAUUUAGUGGAUUGUGUGCUUUUAAAUACUGUAAUAGUGUCAAUAUCCCUACUUUUAACUCUUGGGAAUUUUUGUUCACUGGACGCUCUAAGAUGUCUGACAAGUACUAAAUAUUGUGCUAGAAGUGUUUCAGUUUUAGAUCAAAAUAGUAAGUUAUCAAUCUUAACGGGUAUAUUUAAUUCAAAAUUGAUUCGUAUAGCCAUCGUUAAAAGAUGAUAGCCAACAAGUUAAGAGUUCAAAUCAUAGUACUUAUAACUUUUUCUUCUAUCCCAAGCCGCAGCCUCUUUGUACCAAAAAGAAAUCUUAACGAGUAUCUCCAUUUUCUACAUAGUGUUAGCUGUAUAUAACAAACUUUGAAAACGUCCAUAACUGCAGCAUAUGGCCGACCAAAGACUUAAUUCCAAACCGAAGCGUUAGUAAUGGAGGAACAAACGCCAUCAGCAAUUUAAUAAUACCAAUAAGCCGCAAAUGAUUAGCAAAUAUAGACAAUAAAAGUGGAUCAAAAUAAAAUAAAAUAAAAUAAGAAAAAACAAUGUCUGCCAGAAUGUGAACUACACUAACAAAUAAGAACAAAUUAUUAAUGCAUCGAUCCACCUCCAAAAGUUGAUACAAUACUGCUUCUAUAAACUAGAGAUGUUGGUGAUCGGUCUUAAGAACUCAAUGAGGCUGUUAACUAUCAAUGGAGGGACAAAUCUUUUCUGUUCAUUAAUCUUACGGAGAAUAGUUUUUUCAACAAUUUUCCAUUGAGGGAUGUACCUCCAAAAUGAUUUCUAAGAACCAAAGUCCUUAUCUCAUUUUUCCCAAAGAAAAAUAGUGAUUACAGACAACUGGAUAGUUGUCAUUGUUCCAGUAGGAAUAAGCCUUGAGCAAUGUCUUUAUUGGAGAAAUCCUUAUCCUAAGCUGUCAUCGUUACAUUAAUUCAGGGUUCACGAAAUCCAUCAAAAUCAAUGUUUCCAUUCCAUUCAAAACAUCUGACCUAUUUAUUUCCAUUUUGUUACUUUCCCCGCCAGUUUUCCAACUAUGAAAAUGCUGUAUUUUGUUGUCUUUCAUUUGCAGCGUGUUAACUUUUCCUACCUAGCUGUCUCUUCUUUACUCACAUCAAAUAACUUCGUCGGUCUAACUCGCACUUUAUCCAUAAAUUUCCGGAUAACAUCAAAUAUUUCCACAAGGGACGUAGAAAAGUGACAGGUCAAUUGGGUUAACAGCUAGCUCAAAAAAAAAAAAAAAAAAAAAA